CUGCCUGUAAGCGAGAUUCCAGAAGCAUGCAUUAGGUAUGGCUGUAGUAAAGGAGGGUUUGAGCUCUCUGUACACAGUCAGUGGGAGGGGAAGAGAGAUUUUAAAUUGAGUUUAGGCGAAGCAGCCUUUCACUUUUGUCCUGGCCUGAUCAGCAUCGCAGGAGGAGCAGAUCACAGCAGCCAGUGCCAAGAUACAGGAAAUAUAAUGGGUCUAGACUCCAAGCAGGUGGCGCUGUUGGUGUUGCUGGUGGCCUCAGUAAUAUCGGUGGUAAUUGCGCUCAUUCUGAGUUUGGUGAAGAGCAGCGAAGUCCCACUUCCUCCUGGAACCAAGUACGGGAUGGUAUUUGAUGCCGGCUCCUCACACACCUCGCUUUUUAUUUAUCAAUGGCCCACAGAUAAGGAAAACAACACAGGCGUGGUAAGCCAGACACACGUGUGCGAUGUAGAAGGCCCCGGGAUAUCCAGUUAUGCCAAUGACCCCCCUUCCGCAGGCAAGUCUCUAGUGGCCUGUUUAGAAGAAGCAAUGAAUAUUAUCCCCCCGGAAGGACAGCGAGGAGCCCCUGCUUAUCUUGGAGCCACAGCUGGGAUGAGACUGCUUGACCUUAAGAAUAAAACCGCAUCAGACAUGGUGCUAUCUGAAGUCUCAAAGACCAUCAGCAGGUACCCCGUUGAUUUCCGGGGAGCUCGUAUCAUCAGCGGGAAGGAGGAAGGGUCAUAUGGCUGGAUAACCAUCAAUUACCUAUUGGAGUCCUUUAUGAAGUAUUCUUUUGGUGGUCGUUGGGUUCGCCCAGUGUCCUCUAAGAUUUAUGGCGCUCUGGACCUCGGUGGAGCUUCCACACAAAUCAGCUUCAUUCCAAAGGUGGAAAUCGCAGACCCAGAGCAAAGGGCAGACUUUAAACUUUAUGGCUUCCCCUACAGUAUCUACACACACAGCUUCCUGUGCUACGGGCAGAACCAGGCCCUGAAACAGAUGUUGGUCAAAGCAGUGGAGGGAAAAGAUCUAAGUCAGCCUAUAAACAUCCCCUGCUACCCUGCAGGAUACAAAUCCACCAUUGCCCAAGCUUCUCUCUAUAACAGCCCUUGUACUGUUAAGUCCGCCCCGUCAUCUUCUCUAGUGCAGGAUAUCACCAUCACCGGUACUGGGAACUCCACACAGUGCCAAGAUCUGCUCAAAACCAUCUAUGACUUCAGCAGCUGUACGGGCAAGGAAUUCUGUUCUUUCGAGGGAAUUUAUCAGCCUCCUGUUGUUGGGAAAUUUUUUGCAUUCUCAGCUUUCUUUUAUACAUUCGACUUUUUGAACUUGACAUCUGGACAAGAUCUGCCAACAGUGAAGAGCAGAAUCCAAACAUUCUGUGCACAAGACUGGACUGAGCUUCAGGCAAGUUUCCCAAAGGAGAGGACGGAUCGCUUGAGGGAAUACUGCGCCAAUGCAAACUACGUCCUCACUCUACUGCUGGAUGCCUACAAGUUCAAUGAAAACAACUGGAAUUCCAUCAGCUUCAUGAAACAGGCCGCAGACACAGACAUUGGCUGGACACUGGGGUACAUGCUGAACCUAACUAACAUGAUCCCUUCUGAAGCUUCGGCUAGCGUGAGAACGCAGAGUUAUGAUGUAUGGAUCGCCGCCGUCUUCUUUAUAGUCCUUACCCUGGCACUUGGCUUACUUAUGCUGGUAUUAUAUUUCCGAUAAACGGUUAUGGGAUCUUAGCAGAACAUGAAGGAAAAUGCAACAGAUAUACAAGUAUAUAAUGUUUACUUUUUUAGAAUUCCGAAAAUAUGAAAGUAUCAGCUAUAGACUAACAACCUCAAGGGCCAAAACUCAGGAUUCUUAUUGUGCCUUGACCAGACUGUGAACUAUCCCCUUGUCAUUUGGUCGCCUAUGGGGCACCACCAUUGAUCUUGAAGAAGCAAUGGGUAUAGAUGGAUCUCAUCCAAGCUAUGGGAGGACAAAGGUUUGGCUCAUGCAGAAUAUAUCUCAGGUUGUGUUUGUCUUGGCCUACAGAACGAGGACUGCAUAUUAUAAAAAUCUUCAAGCAGGAAUAUACUUCUCCAACAGAGUACAGUCAGCAAUCCAACUUCCUAAUUUCCUCUCCAUUGCAGAUAUGGAACAUCAGGAAAAACCUUGCAUGGAAAGAUUAGAUUUAAGGCUAGAUUUUCUCCUCUGAGCUGGAACAGGACUCAUCGGCUUCAAAAUUAAUUUGUCUUUAGAUCUGUAAAAAUGUUUCUUGGAUCCUGCCAUAGGAGAGGAGGUAAAAGUUUGGAGCCCCAUGAAUGUUUUUCUUCAAGGAUAUAACUUACAUCUACAAAGCUUGGAAAGAACUGAUCAGAAAGUGACCUCAAACCUGGGCCCCAGGAUAAUUGUUACAGAGACCUCUGGUCCUCUAUAUAUCACCAUAAAGUCAACUUCAUCACCGACUCUCUUACAAAGACUGUAGCCUCCUUGUUUUAGUCUUAGUUACUUGACAUUGUUGUCUAAAAUAUUUAUGCAUUUUUAGCCUAGUUAUAUGUCCUUUAUUUUAUCUAUGUGUGGAUAAAUCAUUUUACAACUA